AUGAUGUUUUGCGUGGGUGACUUCUUCGGAGAAAAUACAAGUGAAAUCGAGGCUGCUAUUGACGGGGAUCUAAAAAUACCUUUACCGACUUACAUCGUCUCCCCUGUCCAGAAUGUCGCCAAAAAGUAUGUCGACGAGAAAGGUUGCACGCUUUGUGAAAAUCUUGUGUUUUUGGGCUCUCAGGGUAUAUACACAACUGUUUCGGGCUUGCGAGUUGUCUACAUCUCCGACAUUGGUCAUGACUCAGAUGGAGAAGCACAUUUAUCUUCUUCUUUGCUUUCAAGCGUGACGGCUGCGGAGGAUAUCGGAUUCAUUGGUGUAGAUCUUCUGCUCACACCGAACUGGCCCAGCGGUAUAGGGAAUCGCACUAGCACUCCUCUGCCCGAUGAGUGCAUCGUGCUUAGCAAGACUGGUUCAAAAGCCAUUUCAAAACUGGCAUAUUUUCUGCGCCCUCGAUAUCACUUCUCUAGCGGAAUGGGCUGCUACUAUGAGAGGGCUCCAUACAGGAACCACCGCGUGCUCCAAGAAAAAGCCAGUCAUGUCACCCGCUUUAUUGCCCUUGCUGAUGUGAAAAAUCCUCUGAACCGGAAGUAUCUUUAUGCCUUGAAGUUGGUGCCGAUAGACAAAAUGUCUCGACAAGAUCUAACGCAACAACCUCCGGAUGUAACUGAAAACCCCUACUUGGGACUGGUCGAUGAACCUGAUAAUUCGCAGGGCAAAGAGACGGAAGUGCAAACAGAUCAAUAUUUCUACGAUAUGUCUGCCCGGGAAAGUGAACCAAACAGCACGCGUAAAAGGCCAAACAAGAGGGAUGGUGAGGAGAAAGACGGGAGCAUACAAUGGAAGAGUAUGAAACUCUCCCCCAGUGGCCAAAACCUGGACCGCCAGCGCCGUGCGGAAAAGUUGGAAGAGAAAUUGGAAAGACCAAGAGAACAAGCUGCUUGUUGGUUCUGUCUCGGUAACCCCCAAGUGAAGAAACACUUGAUCGUGAGUGUGAACACCCAGGCUUACUUAGCUCUUCCUCGUGGUCCCCUGGUCUCAGAUCACAUACUCAUCCUUACGGUUGGACAUCACCGAAGCUGGACUACGUGUCCGGACUACGUGCGACAAGAAAUUGAGGAUUAUAAGACUCGUCUGAAACGAAUGUUCACCAAUGAAGGGAAGGCCGUGGUGGCGUUUGAACGGAACCUGAAAACACAGCACUAUCAAUUGCAGGUAGUCAUCCCAGUUCCCUUUGCCGUAGCAGGUGAAGUCAAGCAGGCGUUUCUUGACCUGUCUGCUCGAUGUGAAACCAGUCCAUGUGCUCUUGAACCGAUCCCAAGAAACACAGAGCUGAAUGAUAUAUGUGCACCAGGGAUCCCCUAUUUUUAUGUUGAACUACCCACCGGUGAACGCUUGUUUGGACAAAUAAAAAAGGACCGCAUCGCCACGAGUGAUAUCCAGUUUGGCCGAUUCGUCCUCAGUGAUUCCCGCAUCCUCGAUUGCCCGGAUAGAGCUGAUUGGCGCAACUGUACGGACGAGAUUGACAAAGAGACCGAACUCACCCUGGCCAUGCGUGAAAAGUUCGCACCGUACGACGUUGAGUGACCAGCGCCUGGUUGCCAUUUUUGUACAUAGCCAUAUUCUGUACAUGCCAUUUUGCAUUUUGCCGAAGAGCCACUCUGUUUUUACGCUCUGAUGCCUUGUUUCGUCCCUUUCCCGUCCUGCAUAAACUACGCAGAAA